AUGUAUAUUGAUUGUUUGCAAGCAUACAGUGAUUCACAGUUAGUCGUCAGACUGUGGAAUGACCAAUACGCAAUCAAAAAUGCUACUCUCGUCCCAUACCAUGAAAGGGCAAAAUAUCUCAUGUCACAGUUUCAUGACAUUCAUGUUAGUCACAUCCCGAGUGAAAGGGAUAUCCAAAUCACUGUUGGGGAACAUUAUUUACUAUCCUCAGCUAUAGAGAGAACUGAAGAACUUGUUGAUUCAAACGUCAUUACGGCUUCUGUAUAUGAGGAAGAACCAGAUGAUCUCGAUUGGUGGCAUCCCAUAAUCGAGUAUCUCCAACAUGGCAAGUUGCCAAAUGACUCAAGGAAGAAGGUCUCAGGAAAUAAAAAAGACUGGCAUGAACGCCUCCCUGAAGCAUUAUGGGCUUAUAGGACGACUAUACGCAACUCAACAGGAUAUUCACCUUACAAUUUGGUGUAUGGCGCUGAAGCUGUUAUACCAUUAGAAGUCCAAUUUCCAUUGUUAAGGGUAGCUUUGCAGUUGACAAACCCCGACGAAAAUGCAAAUGUGAGACUGGCAGAACUGGAAGCUCUAGAUGAGAAAAGAUUGGCAGCUCAACAAAGGCUCGAAAUAUAUCAAGCUCAGGUUACAAAGGCAUUCAACAGAAAAGUUAAGUUCAGAUCUUACUCAAUUGGAGAUUUGGUUUUAACUUUCCAAAGACCUUUUGUCAUUACCAGGAAAAUGCAUGGUAAGUUUGAACCCAAGUGGGAGGGCCCUACGUCAUUACGAAGGUUUUCUCUAAGGGUGCCUACGAGUUGUCAAACUCCGUAG